AUGGAUGCAUUCUUCACGAAAGACUCCAAGCAUCCGCAUCCUCAAAUCGAGCGCUUGAUGCAUUAUAACCCGAGACAGGGCAGCUACUUGUUCGAAGUUCGCGGACAUGUCGUCAUGGGCGCUACGGAUGCUGAAAAGAAGUUACAACUUAUCAAACACCCAUCGACACCGAUAGAACCCGGACUAAAUUAUAGCCUCCCGACAGUAUUGUUUUUCGACAAAAAACAAAUCGCCAAAGAGGCCCUCGACGAAAACCCCUGCAUGUUAGCGUGGGGCGUCAAGGAUGGAAACUUUGUCAUUAAGUUCCUGGAUCAGCGCGGCCGUAAGCUGGGAAUCAAGGAUCCCGACAAUGUCGAUUAUAUUGUCGAUGAAGCAUGGGGGAGGAGAUCCAAAGACAUCAAGUCAAUUUGUCUGGUCGCAGAAAAGUCGCAGCACUUGAUCAUUGCGUGGAGCCAAGGAUUCUUGCACGCGACGCCGUGUGAAGAUCGCGGCCUUAUCUUCGAAGAUACUGUACAGGUCAUUGGCAAAAAUGAAUUCCAUCGCCAUUCCAAGGUCGUCGAUUUGGCCUACAAGCCGAUGGAGCAGGUGUUGAUGCUGCUACUCGGGAAUGCAACCCUAGUCACCUACAAAUUGCUUUAUCUACCGCGAGUUAUGAUCAAGCAAAGAGUUUGCCACCAAACCCUGCUGAUUUCCGACAAUCUGCAAAAUAUGCAAAUUUGUGCUGGGCCGUUGGAGCCAGAAAGCGGCUCCCUGCAACUGUUUUUCUGCGAAAAGCGCCUCGAGGGCGUGGAAACCGUGUUUUAUGCCGGCAUCAUCGCAUUCGGAGUGGGCAAGAAAACGCAGCAGGCAACGAUUACCGGCUCGCGCAAGACGAAAUCACCCGGCAAUCAUAUUGCAUCGAGAACACAGAUCUAUUUCCACGGUGGACUGAUGCGCGGAGUCGGAAUUAUUCAAGACCAUAGGGACCCGGCGAACGGAAAGCUCAGCGAGAAAGUUGCGUAUUGGCGGUUAUCAGGCGACGAGCUUCCGUUCGAAUUCGAAGAAAAUGGCUGGGUGGAUGGAAGAUAUAGCUUUGGGGCUACUCAAGUGACCGUCUAUGAUGAGAAAAGGGAGUUCGAUAUCUCGAAGAAAUUUGGGGUCGACAAAGUGGUGCAGCUAUUCGAGAACAACGCCCUAGCCUAUGGGCCGGAUGCUCUACAUGUUAUGCGUCUAUGUUCUUGCAUAAAAUCGCAAGAUAAGAAA